UCCCGUCCAGCAGCAGGCGGUGCAGACCACCAGAGACCCUCUGAGCUCUGACAGCACCCAGAAGCCGGUAGGCUUCUAGUUCCGGGUCAGUGGAUGUAAACAGAAGGACGUCCCUCCUCUGGAGACAGCAGUAGACAACAUGACCAAACUGGAGCUGCUCAACGUGUUUCUGAACGACCGGCUGACGGCGGCCGCUGAGGAGAUCUUCCGCGCCGUGAAGAGCACCGUGGUGGAGUACCAGAGCGAGAUACUGCGCUCCAAGGAGGAGAACGAGCGGCUCAAGAGGCUCCUCAAUGUGGCCGUCCAGCGGCUCCUCCAGCAGCCAGGUGAGGAUGAGGAUGAGGAGCAACAGCCAGGUGAGGAUGAGGAUGAGGAGGAACAGCAGCCAGAUUCUCAUUCUGUCCAGCCCCAAGACGAUGAUCAGCCCUGCGAGUUGGAGUGGAGAAGCAGUGUUGAGCUGCUGCCACAGAUUAAAGAAGAACCGAAACUGAAAAACAGUCAGACAGCUUGUUCACAAGAAGGAAGCAGCUCAGAGGAAGGAAACUGUAGUCACGUCGAGCCACUGCAGAGGUCACACCCUCCACCGGCCCAGACUGUGUGUAGCAGACAGAGUGUCUCCCCGCCUCCACUAACAUCCCAGGAGGUUAAAGCGGAGCGUGACAGAGAGGACAGCAGGAAACAACAGCAGCCAGCCAACAGCUUACCAUCCUCCAUGACUGUUCACUCAAACUGCCGAGCGGCUCAGAGCGAUUCUCGCCCCGGCACCGCAAAGAGUCUCAGGACUCAGAAAACAGAGCAGCAGGUGAGGGGGUUAAUUCGCACAAGUGGAAAACAGAGCGCGCACUUACUGCAGAUCAAGAACGUCAGAUCCCUGAAGCUGCCUCCGCCUCGCUCCUCUCACCCGGGCCAGAGCAUCCAGAGGUGGCACAGCUGUAAAGAGUGCGGGAAGGGCUUCAGCUUCGCCUGCCAGCUGGAGGUCCACAUGCGCUGGCACACCAAGGAGAAGCCGUACAGCUGCGCGGUGUGCCGAAAGAGCUUUACCACGGUCAGCAUGCUGAAGAGGCACCACCGGAUCCACACGGGCGAGAAGCCAUUCCACUGCCACGUCUGCGGGAAAUGCUUCAACCAGUCGGCGCACCUCAACACCCACUUCAGGCUGCACACCAGAGAGAGGGCUGGCUGGAGCCGAGCAACGCUCUCCAAGUGAACCCGAGACUCACGGCAGGAAACUAACCUGACCUCUGUAAACUCUGAAAUGCUUUUAACUGGCCAAACUUCAGGUUGAAGCAGUGUAUAUUAAUAUGUUUGACUGUGUGUCUUGUCUGUCGUGCAAUAAAAGUGUGGUACAUCAAGA